GGCCUCGGGGCCGGCACCGCGCUCCUCCUUCCCCGGCCUCGGGGCCGGCACCGCGCUCCUCCUUCCCCGGCCUCGGGGCCGGCACCGCGCUCCUCCUUCCCCGGCCGGGCGCGGGCAGCCCGGGGCGAGCGGCGGCCUUGUGCCGGGGCCUGCCCGCAGGUCUCGGCCCGGCCCGCUGAGGUUAUAUUAAGAGAAAAUUUUAAAAUGUGUUAAGGUCAUGACAAAGUUUAGAAGAUAAUCCUGUGAAUGAAGAGAAGUGUUGGAACUAGAUUUAUAAAGAAUGGAAGGAUACAACAUGCUGAAAGUACUAGGAGAGGGAUCCUUUGGCAGAGCUCUCCUAGUUCAUCAUAGAAUCAGUGACCAGAAGUAUGUAAUGAAGGAAAUAAGGCUUCCAAUGUCUUCAUCUGGUGUAGAGAAUUCUAGGAAGGAAGCUGUUCUUUUGGCUAAAAUGAAACAUCCAAAUAUCGUUGCCUUUAAAGAAUCAUUUGAAGCUGAUGGACAUCUGUAUAUAGUGAUGGAAUAUUGUGAUGAUGGAGAUCUAAUGCAAAAGAUUAAACACCAAGGAGGAAAUUUGUUCCCUGAAGACAAGAUCCUUCACUGGUUUGUGCAGAUGUGCCUGGCUGUGAAACACAUCCAUGAUAAACGUGUGCUGCACAGGGAUAUAAAAUCCAAGAAUGUCUUCCUCACUCAAAGUGGAAAAGUCAAGUUGGGAGAUUUUGGAUCUGCACGCCUUCUUGCACAUCCAAUGUCAUAUGCUUGCACCUAUGUGGGAACUCCUUAUUAUGUACCUCCAGAAAUAUGGGAAAGUCUGCCAUACAACAACAAAAGUGAUAUAUGGUCUCUGGGGUGUAUUCUGUAUGAGCUGUGCACUCUAAAACACCCGUUUCAAGCCAACAGCUGGAAACAUCUCAUCCUUAAGAUAUGCAAAGGGUCCUACGAUCCACUUCCAUCUCACUAUUCCUAUGAGCUUCAUUACUUAAUAAAACAGAUGUUUAAGAGAAAUCCCCAGAAUCGUCCAUCAGCCAGUACUAUUCUUGCAAGAGGUUGCCUGACCAAACUUCUGAAAAAUUGUUUGUCUUCUGAGAUUGCAAACGAGUUCGAGCAGAUAUUAAAGGAAACCAAGAAACCUGAAGGCAAUGCAGCAAGACAAAAGGGUCAUGUCAUGGCUGGUGGAAGCUCAAACAAUAAGACAGAAAAUAGACAAAGGAAAGAUAAAAGUAGCAAGCAUAGCCCCUUAGAAAGGAAAAAUGCUGAGGGUUUGAGUGAAGGCACAAGGGAACAAAGGAAAUCUUAUCAAGAAGGAAGUACUGAUCUGUCACAUGCCCACAGGAGGCAAUGGGAAAAGAGGAUAUCCCAUACAGUGCUGGAUGUCCUGGAAAACGUGUCCUUGCUUUCUUCCAGUUUUACACCUGAAGAGACUGAAAGUGGUGGUGUUAUAAACUACAGUGAAAAUAGGCCACGGAAGCAGUGGAACAAGGAACCCCCUCAGACCCUGAUGGACAUGCUCAGCAAUGCAGAUGUCAGCUUAGCAUUUAAAACAUACACAAUUUAUACACCAGCUUCUGAAAACAUAUUAAGAGGUCCACUUUCUGAUGAAAGCGAAACAUCUGAUGAAGUAGAUGGUGAACAUGAAGCUGUUGUCAUAGAUUCUGAGAGACUUGAACCUAGAUCUGAUGAAGAUGACACGGACUUUGAGGAAGAUGACCCAGACUGGGUGUCAGAACUGCAAAUGGUAUUGAAACAGAGUGACUGAAAACCUGAAUUUACCUGUGAUGAGUGAAGUUAGGUGUGCUGGUAUCCAAGUUGUUAUUAAUAGCUGGUUAUUCAUUGAAUAACAUUAGUCAAAAAAAACUGAGUGGGCAUGUUUUCUGUAUCACAAAACUGAGGAUGCAAAAUGCACAAUAAACUUUUUUAGAAAGAA